UAACAACUCACGUAAACAACAUGGCGUCCGAGUCAAAAGAAUAUUUCUGAUUUUCGAACAAAACCGGUUGGUUUGAUGAUUCUAACUUACAAAGAUGGCCCACCUUCUUGGCAGCAAAUAUUGCAUUGAGAGUCUUCGGAAGGAUGUCAGCGACUUGCAUGAGACAGUCGUUGAUGUCUUUUCACGUGCUGGACCUGUCAGAUUCCCUUCCUGGAAGUUUCCUGAUAAGAUUUCUGCUGACCUAGACAUAAAUGAGCUGCUGGAACAAUACGAUUACUCAGAAGAUGAAGAGGAAAGACAAGUUGCUCAUAUUGUGUUAUUGGAGCUUGUCAUUGAGAGGAUGGUGCUAAUGAUACAGGCCAUGGCCAAGUACCUAGAACACAUCUUUACCUUGGGAAGAGGAACGUCUGCUGUUCACAAAAGUUCCAACAUGUCCAUAGGUUUGGUGGUCAAGAAAUACUGGAACAAAAUGGUGCAACUGAAUACGAUGAUGUCACAAGUACAAUCUGAAAAUAAAACAAAGACGAGAAAGAUUGUUGACCUGGAAAAUACCGUGGAGAAAUUGAUGCUCGAGAUACAACAACUGAAGGACGACUCCUUGCUUUCACCAGGCAUAUCUCCUUGCAAGACACCGGGAUUUGGCGGCCUUAUUCCUCCAAAUAACGCAGAGCUUGGGCUUAGUUCUCACCAUAUUGACAUCUCUAAAGACGCUUGUAAUAAAAGCUCGCAAACAGACGAGACCGCUUUUGUGCCUUGUGAGGGUUGCAGUCGUGUUCAAUUGAAUUUGAAAGAAGUUGGUAACUCUGUGAUGCAGCUUUGUAAAUCGCAGAGUCUGCCAUCGUCGUUAUCGAAGAUAAAAUCGGAGAUGGAGAACUUGAAUUGGAUGUCCUCUAAUGACGUUGCACGGUGGACUGCUGAGCAAAAUAAGGAUAUGGCACGAAUAAAUAAACAGUUGGACUAUCUGCUCAGUACGAUUGAACCUCUGAAAUCUGAUUUGGAAAAAUCACGAAAAACGUGUGAGAAAUUCAAAGAUGAUAUUCGUGAUUCAAAUCGCGAGAUACAGAAAGAAAAAGAGAUUCAGACUACAAUCAGGAAACAGUAUGAGAACAAGAUAUCGGAGAUUCGUAGAGAAAGUUCCGACAUUUUGGACAAAGAAAAACGAAAGACAGCAGAACUGAGUUCUACAAAAAAGGAGUUGAAUUCACAAGUGUAUGAGCUAAAGGACGAGUUACAAAAACAAGUUGAAGCAUUGAAUGAACUUGAAUCCGCUCAAGAGCAACUACGUAACGACCUCGAAAAUAGUCAAGUGGCUGGUCCAAGGAUAUCAGAAUUAGAAGAUGAAGUCAGUAACCUACAGAAAGAGUUGUCAUCAGUGAGUGACCAACUAAACCAGACGUCCAGAAGUCUAGCUAUGGAGCAGGCCAUGGGAAAAAGUGUCUCAAAGCAUACCCAGUCUCUUCAAUCGAAACAAGACUCCCUGCUGCAGAGAGUUGACGAGUUGGAUCAGGAGAGCGAAGAGUUAAAGAAUGAUGUGGCAGACCUCGAAGAAGCAAAAGAAACGUUGGAAGACAAUCUGAGUCGGACGACUAAAGAGAAGAAGAUGUUGGAAAUCAAAGUAAAAGAAAGUGAGAUCCUUGUCACAGAUUUGAGAGAUGGCAAAGAAGCAUUGGAGAAGUCCAUACAAGAAUUAAAAGACACAAUAGGGGCACUGGAAGGACAAGUUGACCAGUUGAAGGAGAGGGAAAAACUCAUCGUUGAAUACCCAGAUCUUAAUGGUCCAGUCAACGCAGACUUCACAGGGACUGGUGACAUAGCACUUGACAUGGAGAAUCAAGUGAAAGCCAAUAGUUUGAGGAUCCACAUUCUUGAGGAGCAGAACCAAGGUCUGAGGAACUCCAUCUCGAAGAUGCUUCAGCUUCAGGCUCAGAAGGCAGUCAAUGAAAACAGAGCUCAGAAUCGCUUCCAGCAGCAUCAAACAGGAGUUGGUGCAGGACCCAUGCCACUUUGGCAACAAAACAACUUGGACAGGUUGAUCGAGGACACACGCGAGGAAGGUUUGAGUGAAGAGGACCAUGAGUCGCAACCUUUCGGGGGCCAAGGCACAUGGACUAAUUAUCAGGAUACGGCACAGUACAGAUCAAAACAAAACGCGGAUGUGCCACCUUUGCAUCUAGACCAACGGAGUGCAUCCGAAUCGAAGUACUUGGCGAGUAGUACAUUUUCUGUUGGACGGGUACCAAGGCCACCUAGUGGAACAAGUCAGAAGCGACAAGGUCCCAAAGAUCGUGGUGGCGUAGUAACAACUGGCAAGGCCUCCUCACAUCCAGCACCACUACCCAGUAAAUCAAGCAUAGCUGCUUACCUCCAGCUAAAAAAUUCUGGCAUGCUCAAAGCUGGACAGCUUGAACAAGGAAAGUACCGUCCAAUGUCGGGCAACAAGACCAAUAAUGCCAUCAAAUACGAUCCUAACUAUACUGCCCAAGAUGUCCUCAUGUGCCCCAAGUGUGACAAGAUCUACACUAAUCAGAAAGAUCUGGAAAUUCACCAGACGUACUGCCGCAGUUGAAAAGAGAUGACACAUUGGAAUAGAACUUUUACACUGCACUCCAAAUUGUCUUAAAUAUUUACUUGAGGAUUUUUCACUUAAUAUUUCACCAAGUUGCAAACUAAAUAUUUGUAGAAUGCAAGGGCUGUCUUUCGAUGGCUGUUAACUCAUUCCAGUUUGAGAUGAUAUGCUGUGAUCCUCCGUUUGCAAAUGAAAUAUAUUCUGUCAAAGUAA